AAUAUAUAUCUCGUAUGAAAUACACGAGACAGCUGCGGGCACAGCAGAGAGCUCACGGACAAACGGCUGCGCAUCAAGCAUCAAGUGAACAUGUUGUCCAUGAACAGAGAUGUUACAUCCAUGAGCAGCAUUCUCUUUGAGAUUUGAAGCAUGUUAGAGUAGGAAAUGGAUGUUGUGAGUGGUCAGUGUGGCGCUCGCGUUGCUCUCGGCGCGACGUCAGUGUGAGUGCAGCAGUGCAGUAGACAGCAUUACACGAGCAGCCCGCGCUCCUCGCUGCCGCUCCUGCCUUCUGCAUGUCAAGUUAUCCGCUACACUAGCUCGCAUCACUCAUUCUCGUAUUGCUCCGCUCUUUCAGGCCACCCGUACAUGGAUUUCUCCUGGAUUUCCCAUCUCUAACAUAGACGCCCGGGCGGAAGGUUGCUCCUUUGCGCAGUGAGACGGACAUGCGGAGCAUCGCUGAUACGGAGUGUCCUCUUCUGUCUCAGUGACCAUGCCGUGAUCACAUCGCUGACAAAAACACCUCCAAAGCAGAAAUAAGUGGGAAUCUUACGAUCCAUCCAGUGGAAUGACAUGCAGUGUAUCGCAGGCUUCAUGAAAAUGUGCUCUCCUCUGGUAACUCAUCAGAGAUGGCUUGGGCUGUUGCUGCUCUUACUGUGUGUGGGAUAUUCUCACGGGAUGCCACAUGUGUUGAGAUUCGGGGGGAUAUUUGAAUCCAUCGAAAGUGGCCCAUCUGGUGCUGAAGAACUUGCCUUUAAGUUUGCUUUAAACACAAUCAACAGGAACAGAACUUUACUGCCAAACACCACACUCACAUACGACAUCCAAAGGAUAAACAUCCAUGACAGUUUUGAGGCCUCCAGAAAAGCUUGUGACCAGCUCUCUCUGGGUGUGGCGGCCAUCUUUGGUCCCUCCCACAGUUCUUCGGCCAACGCGGUGCAGUCCAUUUGUAAUGCUCUGGGGGUGCCGCACAUCCAGACCAAAUGGAAGCACCAAGCGUCAGACAACCGCGACUCCUUCUACGUCAGCCUUUACCCAGACUUCUCCUCCCUCAGCAGAGCCAUUUUAGAUUUGGUUCACUUCUUCAAGUGGAAAAUGGUCACUGUGGUUUACGAUGACAGCACAGGUCUGAUUCGUUUACAGGAGCUCAUCAAGGCUCCAUCUCGUUACAACAUCCGAUUAAAAAUCCGGCAGCUACCAGCAGAAACAAAAGAUGCCAAGCCCCUUCUUAAAGAAAUGAAACGAGGAAAAGAGUUUCAUGUAAUCUUUGACUGUGGUCAUGAAAUGGCAGCUGGCAUCCUUAAACAGGCACUCGCCAUGGGAAUGAUGACAGAGUAUUACCACUACAUUUUUACUACCCUGGAUCUCUUUGCACUGGAUGUGGAGCCCUACCGCUACAGUGGGGUCAACAUGACUGGAUUCCGUAUCCUAAACACAGAAAACAGCCAGGUUUCCUCCAUCAUUGAAAAGUGGUCCAUGGAGCGUCUGCAGGCACCUCCUAAACCAGACUCUGGCCUGCUGGAUGGUUUCAUGACAACAGAUGCUGCCCUGAUGUAUGAUGCGGUACAUGUGGUGGCCGUGGCCGUCCAGCAGUCUCCUCAAAUCACUGUCAGUUCACUCCAGUGUAACCGCCACAAGCCCUGGCGCUUUGGCAACCGCUUCAUGACGCUCAUCAAAGAGGCUCACUGGGAUGGUUUGACCGGACGGAUAAAUUUCAACAGGACUAAUGGCCUGAGGACAGAUUUCGAUCUGGAUGUGAUCAGCCUGAAGGAAGAGGGGCUAGAGAAGAUUGGGACAUGGGAUCCUGCGAGUGGUUUGAACAUGACAGAACACCAGAAGGGAAAAGCAGCCAAUGUGACGGAUUCUCUCUCCAACAGAUCGCUGGUGGUGUCGACUAUACUGGAAGAGCCUUAUGUGAUGUUUAAGAAGUCAGAUAAGCCGCUAUAUGGUAACGAUCGCUUCGAGGGCUACUGCAUCGACCUGCUGCGAGAGCUGGCUACCAUCCUGGGCUUCACCUAUGAAUUACGACUGGUGGAGGAUGGCAAGUAUGGAGCUCAGGAAGAGAGCACUGGCCAGUGGAACGGCAUGAUCCGAGAACUGAUUGACCAUAAAGCUGAUCUUGCAGUGGCACCCCUGGCCAUCACGUACGUGCGGGAGAAGGUCAUCGACUUUUCCAAACCCUUCAUGACGCUGGGGAUAAGUAUACUGUACCGCAAACCCAACGGCACCAACCCGGGGGUGUUCUCCUUUCUCAACCCCCUGUCCCCCGACAUCUGGAUGUAUAUUCUGCUCGCUUACUUGGGUGUCAGUUGUGUGCUGUUUGUCAUAGCCAGGUUUAGCCCCUACGAAUGGUAUAACCCCCAUCCGUGCAACCCCGACUCGGAUGUUGUGGAAAACAAUUUCACUCUGCUAAAUAGUUUCUGGUUCGGAGUUGGAGCUCUCAUGCAGCAAGGAUCUGAGCUCAUGCCCAAAGCCCUUUCCACCAGGAUAGUAGGGGGCAUCUGGUGGUUUUUUACCUUAAUCAUCAUCUCCUCCUACACUGCCAACCUAGCCGCCUUCCUUACUGUGGAGAGAAUGGAAUCUCCAAUUGACUCGGCUGAUGACCUGGCCAAACAGACCAAGAUUGAGUAUGGAGUAGUGGAGGAUGGCGCUACAAUGACCUUCUUUAAGAAAACGAAGAUCUCCACGUAUGAUAAGAUGUGGGAGUUCAUGAGCAGUCGCAGACAUUCAGUCAUGGUGAAGAGCAUCGAGGAAGGAAUUGAACGUGUACUCACCUCAGAUUAUGCUUUCCUUAUGGAGUCCACCACCAUCGAAUUUGUCACUCAGCGAAACUGCAACCUCACGCAGAUCGGAGGCCUCAUAGACUCCAAAGCCUACGGUGUUGGCACCCCAAUGGGGUCCCCUUACCGAGAUAAGAUCACCAUCGCAAUCCUGCAGCUACAGGAAGAAGGGAAGCUGCACAUGAUGAAGGAGAAGUGGUGGCGAGGAAAUGGCUGUCCUGAGGAGGAGAAUAAGGAGGCCAGUGCGCUGGGCGUCCAGAACAUCGGUGGCAUUUUCAUAGUGUUGGCUGCGGGACUUGUCCUCUCUGUGUUUGUGGCAGUUGGGGAGUUUCUCUAUAAGUCCAAACAAAACGCACAGCUGGAAAAGAGAUCCUUCUGCAGCGCCAUGGUGGACGAGCUAAGGGUUUCCCUCAAGUGCCAGCGCCGGCUCAAACACAAACCGCAGCCACCGGUCAUGGUCAAAACAGAUGAAGUCAUCAACAUGCACACCUUCAAUGACCGAAGACUGCCAGGCAAAGAGACCAUGGCUUAAAACGGACACCAGCUCGCUCUUUCUUGAGCUUGGAAAAGGAAACUUCAAGGGGAGAAAUUUGGUAGGGGAGGAAGUCGAUUUUCUAUACGGGGAAGGGAUCUUAAAUGUAAUUUUAAACAAUUAGUUACUGAAAACAACAGCAGAAACUGAAACAUAUUUCCUGUGGAAAUAAAUUGAGUCUGGGCAAAAUUUUUAGUUACCUCAUCGCUCCAGAUCACCACCAGAGCAAAGACUGACCGGUGCCAGCGUUCAGGGUAACUUUUAGCAGGAACAACACACACACAGCUAGAGGCAUGUGACUGAAGGAGGUUUGUCUAAUCAUUAUGUUCAUAUUCUUUUUGGUUUUGUUACACAUUUGGCUGUUGUCCGUCCACAGAGAGCAGUCCUUUAGAGAGAACAAGGAGACAUGUCCUGACAAAUACAGAAGCAAAAGAAGGACAGAUUUUUAACACACAGUACCUGUGCUACUUUUUGGAGCAAAAAUAAAAAACAAACCUAUAUAUAUUUUGCUGAGCACCACAGCAAUAUCGCUGAAAACAUUCAGCGUGUUUCGCACCCACACUCACAUGCAAUUGAAGCAGGACACAGCAACAGGCAAUACACCACUUUCAGUUCUUUGCAUCUUCAGUCCCCUGCAGAGUGUGACAACGACUAAUGGUGAAACUCACAAAAACAUGUUCAACCCACAAUUUUUGACAUUUGUGUUUAUUUUAAGCAUAUUUAAACCAUUGCACAAUUAAAUAUUUUCUGUCCAUAUUUACGGAACCUUACAAAUAUAUAUUUUUUUUUUUCAUCAUUUAAAUAAGAUGCUUUAAUUGGAGAAGCAAAAUUUCUAAUCCAAAUUUCGUGCAAUUUUUUUAUUCAUUAGAUUUAUCUGAACAACGCUCCAGAAAUUAGUUGAUUGAACUCGAAAAAAACUAUGGUGAUGCAUUUAUUCAAACAUUUUUAAUUUGGUUUAUUAAUGGUUUUCAUUUUUUUUUUUUCUAUGAUGGUCACAGCAAGUUUGAACACACAUAGCUGAAAUUAAUAUUUUAUGUCUGUUAUUUUUAAUAACUACAUUUAAUUUCAGUUUAAUGAAUUUACUUUGUGAAUUUGAUUUUAGAUUUCAAAAAAGAGUCCUCAUGUAAAUGUGUGCAAAUGUAAAAUUUCUAUGAAAAUAAUAAGUCGUUUUGUACAAUUAUAGAAUAUCAGCAUUUUGUAAUAAUUUUUAUCAACACAAAUCAAUCAUUCGCAUAUCUCUCUUGAUAUGGAGAUGGCCACCCUGCGGAAUCCUCACACCGGAAUUUAAAGUGGCAAUGGCCCCUGGGACUGAUGCACUUCUGCACGGAUGAGCCCCAUGUGGCGGAACACAUCCAGGAUCACAUCACCUGGCCUCCAUGAGGACGAGUUUGCGUUAGGGUUCAUGAUAGACCCACACAGGACAAGGGAAGUGCCGAGGUUUCCUGGUAGUGUUGAUGUGACACUCAUUUUGGACAGAUCCUAUUUUUAUCAUGUAAAGAAAUCAUAUUUACAGAAAGAUAUUUUUACUUGAGAUAAAUAGUAACAACAAAACUGAUUCAGAAGUGUGAUAUAUACAUAUAUAAAAAUUGAAGAGGACUGCUAAUAUGCUUCAUAUUCAAUGCCCCCAGUUUCUAAUAGACUGCUAGUAAGUUGUGUGUACAUGGUUUCAAAUGGAUAAGAUGUAUUUAAAGAUUUUUUUUUUUUUCAGAUACAAACUAAUUUUGACCAUAUUGUGAAAACAAAACAAAGUGCACACAGUUUCCUGUCUGAAGUUGAUGCACAAGUUUAAAGGAAUUAAUUAAAAAA